UACUAAACCAGGGAGGGUUAUCACAGUUUUUUUUUUUAUUUAUUUAUUGUUAUUAUUUUUUUAUUCUUAUUUUUUUUUUGCUUUGCAGGCUGCACUCAAAAGUUGUGUUUUCGGAGAUGCAGAGCUGCGCAAAGUCGUGGGGAAUAUUUUUCUGCAAGUCGCUGGAUCUGCGCGCGCCUUGCAGGCAUCUGAGCGGACAGAGUCGCGCGCUGUGGAAACUUCGGUACCGGAUCCAAAACAACGAGUCGUGCUUCACAGCAACCCGGCGUGUGCACGCGUCUGCAGCCGCCGCCGCCGCCUCCUCCUCCAGGCAGAUCGAGAGGAUUUUCCCCAGACACGAUGAUUUUGCGGAGCGGCACAUCGGUCCAGGUGAGAGGGAGAAGAGAGAAAUGCUGGACGCGCUCGGUCUGGAGUCGAUCGAACAGCUGAUCGAUAACACAAUCCCAGCCUCCAUCCGCAUGCACGGGAGCAUGAAAAUGGAUGAUCCCGUCUGUGAGAAUGAGAUUCUGGAGUCUCUCCAAAAAAUUGCAGCUGAAAACAAGGUAUGGCGGUCCUACAUCGGCAUGGGCUACUACAACUGCUCUGUGCCUCCGCCCAUUCAGCGAAAUCUCCUGGAGAAUUCAGGCUGGGUCACUCAGUACACACCCUACCAGCCUGAGGUCUCACAGGGUCGCCUGGAGUCUCUUCUCAACUACCAGACUAUGAUCUGUGACAUCACUGGCAUGCCUGUUGCCAAUGCUUCUCUUCUGGAUGAAGGAACGGCUGCCGCUGAAGCCAUGCAACUCUGCCACCGACAGAACAAAAGAAGGACAUUCUACAUUGACCCCCGUUGCCAUCCCCAGACCAUUGCUGUGGUGCAGACUCGAGCCAACUAUAUCGGAGUAAAAACUUUGCUGAAGCUGCCUCAUGAGAUGGACUUCAGUGGGAAGGAUGUGAGCGGCGUGCUUUUCCAAUAUCCAGACACUGAUGGUCGGGUGGAAGACUUCACCGCCCUUGUGGACCGUGCACACAAGGGAGGGGCCCUGGCAUGCUGUGCUACAGAUCUGCUGGCCCUCUGUGUGCUGCGUCCUCCAGGAGAAUUUGAUGUUGAUGUCGCACUGGGCAGCUCCCAGAGGUUUGGCGUUCCUCUCUGUUAUGGCGGCCCCCACGCUGCCUUCUUUGCCGUCAAAGACAAUCUGGUCCGAAUGAUGCCUGGCAGAAUGGUUGGAGUGACCAGGGAUGCAGCAGGUAAGGAAGUGUAUCGACUUGCACUGCAGACCAGAGAGCAGCACAUCCGCAGAGACAAAGCAACCAGUAACAUUUGUACUGCUCAGGCUCUGCUGGCUAACAUGGCUGCUAUGUACGUGCUGUAUCACGGCCCACAAGGACUCAAACACAUCGCUGAGAGAACUCACAGUGCAGCUCUGAUCCUUGCUGAAGGUCUGAAGAGAGCAGGGCACAGGCUGUCCAGUGACAUGUUCUUCGACACUCUAAAAAUCCACUGCAGUGUUGCAGCCAAAGACAUUUUGGAGAGAGCUGUGCAGAAGCAGAUAAACCUGCGUAUCUACACUGACGGCGUGUUGGGUGUCUCUCUCGACGAGACUGUGACUGAGAGGGACUUGGAUGACCUGCUCUGGGUCUUUGGCUGUGAAUCGUCAGCUGAGCUGAUUGCUGAAAAGAUGGGCGAGCGGGUAAAAGGAAUCAUGGGAAGUCCUUUCAAGAGGACGAGCAAGUACCUCACACACCAGGUGUUCAACAGUUACCACUCAGAGACCAACAUUGUGCGAUACAUGAAGCGACUGGAGAACAAGGACAUCUCGCUGGUGCACAGUAUGAUCCCAUUGGGCUCCUGCACCAUGAAGCUGAACAGUUCUUCAGAGCUCAUGCCCAUCACCUGGGGGGAGUUUGCUAACAUCCACCCCUUUGUGCCGCUGGACCAGGCAAAGGGUUACCAGAGACUCUUCAGGCAGCUGGAGGUAGACCUUUGUGAGGUGACAGGUUAUGACAAGAUCUCCUUCCAGCCGAACAGUGGCGCUCAGGGAGAAUACGCCGGCCUGGCAGCCAUUAAAGCCUACCUGAACUCACUGGGAGAAAGCGCAAGAAGUGUCUGCUUGAUCCCCAAAUCAGCCCAUGGCACCAACCCAGCAAGCGCUCAGAUGGCAGGAAUGAAGGUGCAGGUGGUGGAGGUAGACAAGGAUGGCAACAUUGACCUGGCACACCUCAAAGAUCUGGUCGACAAGCACCAAGCGAACCUGGCAGCCAUAAUGAUUACCUACCCCUCCACAUUUGGUGUGUUUGAAGAGAACAUCAGAGAUGUGUGUGAUAUGAUUCAUCAGCACGGUGGGCAGGUGUAUCUGGAUGGUGCCAAUAUGAAUGCACAGGUUGGCCUGUGUCGCCCUGGCGAUUAUGGCUCUGACGUAUCUCAUCUCAACCUGCACAAAACCUUCUGCAUCCCUCAUGGUGGAGGGGGACCUGGAAUGGGACCGAUCGGAGUGAAGGCUCACCUCGCCCCGUUCCUGCCUAGCCAUCCGGUGGUUCCCAUGCAUUCAGUCGACACCAGCAGCUCACUGGGCACCAUCAGUGCAGCCCCGUGGGGCUCCAGUGCCAUCCUGCCCAUCUCCUGGGCUUAUAUCAAGAUGAUGGGAUCCAAAGGCCUGGUUCAUGCCACAGAAGUGGCCAUCCUCAAUGCCAACUAUAUGGCAAAAAGGCUGGAAGGCCAAUACAAGGUCCUGUUCAGAGGCAAGAAAGGUUUUGUAGCCCACGAGUUCAUUCUGGAUUUGAGGCCUUUUAAGAAGACUGCAAAUAUUGAGGCUGUUGAUGUGGCCAAGAGGCUUCAAGAUUAUGGUUUCCACGCGCCCACCAUGUCCUGGCCCGUUGCUGGAACACUGAUGAUUGAGCCCACAGAGUCAGAAGACAAAGCUGAACUGGAUCGAUUCUGUGACGCUUUGCUUGCCAUACGACAGGAGAUUGCCGAAAUCGAGGAGGAGAGGAUGGACUCCCGCAUCAACCCUCUCAAGAUGGCGCCACACUCUCUGGCAUGCAUCUCCUCCUCCAACUGGGACAGACCAUACUCCAGGGAGUACGCGGCGUUCCCCCUGCCCUACAUCAAACCUGAGACCAAAUUCUGGCCGAGUAUCUCCAGGAUCGAUGACAUCUAUGGCGAUCAGAAUCUUGUGUGCACCUGCCCACCUAUGGAGGUGUACGAGUCUCCGUACGAGGAGAAGAGAGCCUCCUCAUAGGUGUCUCACUCCUUCAUCCUGCCUCAAUUGCUAAACUGCACAGACUGGAAUUAACAUCACCUGUGUGCUCGGGAACAUGUGAGGCCGCAUGGGCUCAAAGCCAUUCAUGGCCAAUUGUUUGUCAGAUCUGGUGCAGGGGUGGUAAAGUGUGACACAAACUUUUUAUAUAUAUAUAUGUGUGUGUGUGUGUGUUUAUACAUAACAGGCAUAAUGUAAGUAUAACGUAAGUAAGCCAAAUCAAAUGAGGAGGAAUCUAUUAUGGACAGAACCCAUCUCGACCUUUGCUGAUGUGUGCAGUGUUGUGGAAAAGAUUUUUUUGUCACAGCCCUGUACAUAUGAAGUUAUACUUGUAAAUUUUUUUUGGUUCUGUUUAUCCUUCUUUACAACAUUACUAUUUGUUGAACUAUUCGGCCAAUCAGAUGUUGAGUCUUCGAGCAUGUGUUAUUUCACAGUGGGACAACUUGAGCCCUCAUAGUUCAGUAGAUUAGGAAAUUAUUAUUCAUUUGUUUGCACUUAUGGAACAAAUCACCAAAAUCUGGUUCCUGGUAGAUUUUUUUUUUUUUUGGAUGUUCUUUUCAAUAAGAUGGUGAAACCACUUGAUCAGAGUAGCCUAACCCUGUCAAAAUGACAUUUCCCACAAUGGGUGUUUGAUAAUUGACAUUCUUCAAAUAUUUAGACCAAGUUAUGUUUUAGCUACGUAAAGAUGUAUUUUCAUGUAUAUUUUAAUGUAACAUGGAUAUUAUAAACAGUACUUGACACUGAA